AUGGCAGCCCUCGAACAACCAUUGUCCUUCUUCGACGCCUUCGACCUGUUGGCGGACGCCAUACCAGAUGCAACGCCGGAGACGUUGCAAUAUCUCCUCGCCGAAAACCAAGGCGAAUGGACCAAGCCUUGGUUGAAUGAGCUGGCCGAACAGCUCAACCGGCGGUUUGAAAGAGUGAGGAGGAGACAAGAGCGGAGGGCCCCGAAGCGGCCAAGACACGGCGCCGAAGAGGAGGACGCCGAAGAGACGGACGCCGAAGUGGAGGAAAGGCCUGCGAAGAACGUAAGGCGGCGACAGCGGGAAGAGGUCGUACUGGAAGACGACGACGAAGUCUCUCCCCCGCCCGAGGACGCCCACGUCAACAUUGACGACGCUGUGGCGGCAGACGAUGUUCCUGCGGGUGAUGUCGCGGCAGAGGCCGCUCCAGACAACGACCCAGAAGACCCAGAAGGGGCAGAAGACAGAGUGAUCAAGCACUAUCAAGGCCAAAGCCUCCUUGAGAAGCGCAGCCAAUAUCAGCAAAAAAGAGAUGGCAAGGCUCUGCAGAAAGCUUUCAAGGAAAUAUACGACAUCACGCCCAUGAGGAUCGGCAAAUCAAUGACAGGAAAGACAAUUUUUGAAGUCUUCGUCGAGCUGUACGAAUGGGCCGAAGAUGAUGCAAAGCGAUCGUUGCUCCCCAAACUGCGAGCAAGUCACGAUGCCGACAAGGCUCUGACGAUAGGUCCAAGGGUCCAAGACGAGAUUGACGCUGUCAAGAGGUACCUUCUGAAGAUUUAUGACGACGAAGCCCAAAGUGUUCAAGGUAUGUGGAAUCAGUUGAUACAGCAGACGGGCCAGAAGAAGAGAGAGACCCAUACGGCCGAGAAGAAGGAGAAGAAGAAGAAGAAGAAGAAGCGAGAGACCCAUAUGGCCAAGAAGAACCAGAAGAAGAAGCGAGAGACCCAUACGGCCAAGAAGAAGAAGAAGAAGCGAGAGAUCCAUACGGCCAUGAAGAAGAAGAAGAAGAAGCCAGAGAAGCAGACGCCCCUGACCAACCAGCCCAGGAAGGCCCCAUCUUUUCAUGGGGCACGAGUCAAAUGCGGGGGUUUUCAGUGUCCUGAGGUAUUUUCGGCGGAACAGUUCGGCUUUCUCAACCAAAGAACGCUCGACGGCAAGGAUAACCCGGCGUACGAUCCCGAGGCCUAUGAGAGAUUGGCGGAUAACGACGUCGGGGCGGUCGAGGGCCUCGAAGCCUGCCCUUUUUGCCCAUAUCUCGCCGACUACACACAGCUUCCGGACCAGGACGCUCAUCCGAUAUUCUACUGUGAGAAUCCAGAGUGUUCGAAGAUCAGCUGCCGAAAGUGUCGCAAGUUGUGGCAUGAGGACCAGACGUGUGACGAGGCCCAGAGGAUGACGUUGGAUCCGGACAGGCAGAAGCAGGCGGAACAGCUGAAGAAGAUGCUGGACGACGCCAUGUCGGCCGCCGUGAUUCGGACUUGCAAUGAAUGCGGUAUUCCCCUGGAGCUUCAGGAUGGGUGCAACAAGGUCGUUUGCACCAAUAACAGAUGCUUCAACUAUCAAUGCUACUAUUGUGGCGAGACCAUCAUCCCGCGUGACUAUCAAGCAGAACUGCGGGUGACAGACUAUCGACGGUGGUCAGGACUGGUUCUUCCCAUUGCCUAUGGGCAUUUCGCUCCGGUCGACGAGUCGGGGGUCUUUCCCAUUCGAGGGAAAUGCCCCAAGUAUAGCAACGUGGGACAACUUCACUGCUUCAACCGGGCCCUGGCCAUCACGAAAAAGAAGUUUGAGAUCAAUCGGCUUCCCAACGUCUUCAAAGAUGAGCUACUGAAGAUCCUCGCUGAACUCUGGGAUGCGGAAGAAAUUACAUGGACGAGCGAAAUGAGGGACGCGGGGAAAAUUGGCCAUCCUGCUCCGUGGCAGCAACCAGUGGCCUGGUUGGCGGCCCUUGGUCAACCCGCACCCCCCCGACAACCCGCACAGCCGCCACCCGGCAACGACAGGGGCGGGGAAGACAGAAGGGGGCAAGGCGGAGGCGGACAGCGGCAACUACCGCGCGUGGAGCCCAACCAGGCACGGAUACAUCAGCAGCAACUGCAGCAACUGCAGCACCUGCAGCGCCAGCAGCGCCAGCAGGAGCACUUCCAGCGCCAGCAGGAGCAACAGCAGCGCCAGCAGGAGCACUUCCAGCGCCAGCAGGAGCAACAGCAGCGCCAGCAGGAGCACUUCCAGCGCCAGCAGGAGCACCACCAGCGCCAGCAGCAGCUCCGGCAGCACCAGCAGCGCCGAAACACUCUCCCACCGCUGCCUCCGAAUAGCGAACAGCAAAUUGCUGCUGCGCGGGAUGACAUGCUACGGCGAUUCUACCAGAAUCCUGUCGACCAAUUGCCUGCGCAGCUCCCGCCGUUGCAAAGGCCCCAGAAUGACAACGACAAUAUGGGGGAUGCCAAUGAGUGGGAUGGUUUCUGGCGUCCACAACAGCUGCUCCGGCCAUUCUUACAGCAGCCGGCGCCCGUGGCAAAUCGGUUGCAAAACCAGAUGCGCGCACCCGCCCCCGCCCGCGCCAACGCGCGCGCCAACGCGGAUCCGGGUGACGACCCGGAUCUGCCUCUUAUAGAGGCUUUUGACGACUUCAUUGCGUAA